CGAUGGCCAAUUAAAAACACCCGUGCUCCGCGUUUUUUGGGCGUGGAUAACAAACAGCGAACGAGCUGUUCGGUGCUGUCUUCUUUCGUCUCAGUGAGUUCAGCCCGUAUAUACAGCUCAGCAAUUAUUACAUGGCGGACGUCAGACCAGGAAGGAGGAGUCCUCUUAGUCCCAGACGAGGGAAGAGACACUCCAAACACGUGCCACUGAGCAGAAGAAAGAGUCCUGAAAGCUCCAGGAGCAGGAGAGGAAAGAGAAGUGUUCCUCUCACUCCCUCCAAUGUGAUGAGAGAAGUGAGGGAGGUGGGGAAUUGGUGGGAGGAGGAGGGACUGGGAUACUAUCUCUACAUACCACAGUCAAAGAGAGAGGAGAUUAGACAGAAGUUCCCAGAUGAGAUGGAGCAGAAGAAAAAGCUGAUUUCACACUGGAUUAACACCGACCCACUGGCAAGCUGGAGGAGACUCAUUGUGGCACUGGAUUACAUGAAACAAACCAAGAUGGCUGACUUCAUAAGAUCCUAUGCUGAACCUCUCACUGAUGACAGUCUCACUCCACACACACUGCUACCUGCUGUGACCUCUGUGAGACAGUUCUGGAGGCGAAAUGAUGAUGAUGAGGGGCUGCUGGAGGUGCUUGGUGUCCCCUGGUCAGUGAUGGAUCGUAUCAGGGCCAAUCCAUCGCACACAACUGAAGAGGUGAAAAGGAUUGCAGGUCUACAGUACUACCUCCAGACCCUGCCUAGUGCAUCAUGGGAGAUGAUAGCUGGAACAUUAUGGUAUCUGGAGGAGCACACAGUCCUGGAGGAAGUCAGACAACAUCUACCAUCUACAUAUGGUCGCAACAAGGCCAAGAAGAUCUAUGAAGAGGAGAUGAAACGUGGGAUCACAGAACGACUCAUCACAAAAGUGACAAUGGUGGGUACUGCAGGCAGCGGGAAGUCAACGUCCCUAGAGACACUGACUGGCGAGGAGCCACUGGCAGAGGGAGAACGAGAGAGCACACCACUCCUGAAGAGACCCGUCCAAACCGAGGUGGUCUUUGUGGAAGGGAAGGAGGUGAGGUGGAGGAAGAAGACGGCAGACGAGAAGAAGCAAUACAUUGCCCGCAUCCUGAGAGCCCGUGCCCAGCAAACUAGGCCAGCCAGCCACCCAGCCACCAACUGUAGUCAGAGAGAAACACAACUCCCCCAAAGCAGCAGAGUCAGCAUCCUCUCCGCAGAUAUCCUCACCAGCAGCCUCAGAGGAAGCUAA